AUGCCACCACAGGGUCAUUUCUCGGCCCCAGCGCUGCAAGCGGUGCCCACGUUGCUCAGAGCCGCCAGAGGAGAUGAUGAUGGGUGAAUGCUGGGUCUGUCUGACUGUGAGUGAUGCUGCCCCAGCAAAUAUACACACCACUACUCUACUGGCACUGUGGUGUGUGUCGAAUGAGACUGACUGGAGUUCACUGUGUGGGAAAACCUUGAAGAGAUUCAUAGAAUGUUAUUAAAGCAUAGAGAUUACACAUUUCUCUGGGACACUCGCUCCGAAUGAUCACUCUGAUUCACUUUGUAUUUAGACUUUAUGUACAGUUGAAGUCGGAAGUUUACAUACACCUUAGCCAAAUACAUUUUAAACUCAGCUUUUCACAAUUACUGACGUUUAAUCCUAGUAAAAAUUCCCUGUCUUAGGUCAGUUAGGAUCACAACUUUAUUUUAAGAAUGUGAAAUGUCAGAAUAAUAGUAGAGAGAAUGAUUUAUUUAAGCUUUUAUUUUUCAUCAAAUUCCCAGUGGGUCAGAAGUUUACAUGCACUCAAUUAGUAGUUGGUAGCAUUGCCUUUAAAUUGUUUAACUUGGGUCAAACGUUUCGGGUAGCCUUCCACAAGCUUCCCACAAUAAGUUGGGGGAAUUUUGGCCCAUUCCUCCUGACAGAGCUGGUGUAACUGAGUCAGGUUUGUAGGCCUCCUAGCUCGCACACACUUUUUCAGUUCUGCCCUCAAAUGUUCUAUAGGAUUGAGGUCAGGGCUUUGUGAUGGCCACUCCAAUACCUUGACUUUGUUGUCCUUAAGCCAUUUUGCCACAACUUUGGAAGUAUGCUUGGGGUCAUUGUCCAUUUGGAAGACCCAUUUGCGACCAAGCUUUAACUUCCUGACUGAUGUCUUGAGAUGUUGCUUCAAUAUAUCCACAUCAUUUUCCUUCAGCACGGGGGUGGCAGCAUCAUGCUGUGGGGGUGCUUUGCUGCAGGAGGAACUGGUGCACUUCACAAAAUAGAUAUAAUCAUGAGGUGCUUCACGGUUGGGAUGGUGUUCUUCGGCUUGCAAGCGACCCCCUUUUUCCUCCAAACAUAACGAUGGUCAUUAUGGCCAAACAGUUCUAUUUUUGUUUCAUCAGACCAGAGGACAUUUCUCCAAAAAGUACGAUCUUUGUCCCAUGUGCAGUUGCAAACCGUAGUCUGGCUUUUUUAUGGCGGUUUUGGAGCAGUGGCUUCUUCCGUGCUGAGCGGCCUUUCAGGUUAUGUUGAUAUAGGACUCGUUUUACUGUGAAUAUAGAUACUUUCGCACCUGUUUCCUCCAGCAUCUUCACAAGGUCCUUUGCUGUUGUUCUGGGAUUGAUUUGCACUUUUUGCACCAAAGUACGUUAAUCUCUAGGAGACAGAACGCGUCUCCUUCCUGAGCGGUAUGGCGGCUCCGUGGUCCCAUGGUGUUUAUAGUUGCGUACUAUUGUUUGUACAGAUGAACGUGGUACCUUCAGGCGUUUGGAUAUUGCUCCCAAGGAUGAACCAGACUUGUGGAGGUCUACAAUUAAUUUUCUGAGGUCUUGGCUGAUUUCUUUUGAUUUUCCCAUGAUGUCAAGCAAAGAGGCACUGAGUUUGAAGGUAGGCCUUGAAAUACAUCCACAGGUACACCUCCAAUUGACUCAAAUUAUAUCAAUUAGCCUAUCAGAAGCUUUUAAAGCCAUGACAUCAUUUCCUGGAAUUUUCCAAGCUGUUUAAAGGCACAGUCAACUUAGUGUAUGUAAACUUCCUACUGGAAUUGUGAUACAGUGAAUUAUAAGUGAAAUAAUCUGUCUGUAAACAAUUGUUUGGAAAAAUUACUUGUGUCAUGCACAAAGUAGAUGUCCUAACCAAACUAUAGUUUGUUAACAAGAAAUUUGUGGAGUGGUUGAAAAACUAGUUUUAAUGACUCCAACCUAAGUGUAUGUACACUUCCGACUUCAACUGUAUCAAUCGACACAUGUCCCGAUUGUCAGUCAGUUUCUCUCAGAGUAUAGGCUAGAUUAUUUGGUUCCAGUGCAACGACUGACUGCCUCUCCGUCUCUGUGUGUGUGCAGGUUCUGUGGGGAGUGUCUGCAGCCCUGUCUCCAGGUGACUUCUCCCCUCUGCCCUCUGUGCCGCAUGCCUUUUGACCCAAAGAAGGUGGACAAGUCCUCCAGUGUGGAGAAACAGCUGUCCAAUUACAAGGCCCCCUGUCGGGGCUGCAGUAAGAAGGUGAACUACACUACUGUGGCUUCCCAGUCUCAAGCCAACACACAUACUGUACAGACGCACACUUGAUGAUACACAAUACCACACACACUCACAAAACAUCUCCCUGCCCAUUUAUUCACUUAAUAACAUGUCUCUCUCUCUCUCUCUCUCUCUCUCAUGUUCCUCUCUCUCUCUCUCUCUCUCUCUCUCUCUCUCUCUCCUCCUCUCUCCACUGGUGGGCUCCAGGUGUCUCUGGUCAAAAUGAGGUCACACAUCUCCUCUUGCGCAAAGGUCCAGGAACAGAUGGCCAACUGCCCAAAGUUUGUGCCUGUGGUCCCCACUUCACAGCCCAUUCCCAGGUAAGCUCUCUGAGGGGCUCUCAGUCGCUCCUGGACAUCAGGGUCCAUUUGGACAGACUGAAGAGAUUUGAGUCAAUAUUUCUGUCCUAGCAUUGAUCUGCAGAACCACACUCCCAAUACAUUGAAAGGCAGUUAAUUAGCUCUUCAAAGAGGAAUCGGUUCAUUCCCUCCCUUUCAGUGUUUCUGUCACAUCACGUCACGUCUAACUCUCUGUCUGGAGGGUAUGUCUGUCUGUCCUUCUGUCUAGAGGGUAUGUCUAUCGGGAGGGUCUUUCUGUCUGGAGGGUCUGUGAACAACUCAGCCAGAGGAGGUCCCACUCCCAACAUGUGCAAGAAGCACUGAGUUACUAGUCUGAGGACGAGUACUGUGAUCAGGCUCUGUGACGUCCAUAGUGACCAUCUGGAACUCACGGGUGAACACAGAAUAGCUUAUCUUGUGUCUUCUCUCGGUUUUCAAGGUUGUUGUUUUUACCACAUUCCAAAACACAAUUUAAUUGGGCGAUGUUGCCAGCACCACAAAGGCAGAGUCUCAUCUAGUUGAAGGCCCAGAGAACACAGUGGACCAUCUGCUGGUGUUGUCUACUUGUCAGAAAGUCAUUAUUCUGACUAAACUGUCACUUUCUUAGCCCAAGGCUGAAAUGAUGUUUGGUCGGUAUAGUUUUUCUGAGGACAUUGCUGUUCUAUGAAGUCUACAGUACAGUGUGCACCUUUAGACAUGUCUGUCAAAUAGACAUUUCCCAUUAGCUAGUAGACUGUCCUACCUGAGAGACCUGUCAACCCUAAGUCUGAUGGGACUCUAAUGGGCUGCUCCUGGUUAGCUGUGGAGGGUAGUGUGUGAAUAGGCCCUGUUGUCUUGCUGUAGUGCUGAUGGAGCAGUGAGUUAAUGAACACAUUGUUAAGGGGUGUGGCUCGGCUAGCGUAAAUGUCACUGCAGCACAUUGCUUUCUGACCCUCAUGUCCACACAGACCAGCUGUCCUUCUAGGUGUGCUGCUGGACAUGAUUGGCAUCCUGCUAGUGUCUGAGAACUGGGCCUCAGACUUUGGCGCUCUACUCACACACAACAACACACCAUCAGUGUGUGUCUGGCAAAGUGUGUGUGUGCGCAUACCCAUGUUGUUUCCUUUAUGGCUCCUACUAAACGUGUGUUUUCUCCCUGCCUGCAGCAAUAUUCCAAACCGCUCCACCUUUUCAUGCCCGUUCUGUGGAGCCCGCAAUCUGGACCAACAGGAGCUGGUCAAACACUGUAUGGAAAACCACCGCAACGAUCCCAACAAAGUGGUCAGUCUGUUAUGUUAUACCCUGAACUAUGGACACUGUCCUAGUCUGAACAUGGACACUGUCCUAGUCUGAACAUGGACACUGUCCUAGUCUGAAUUUCCUCAAGCAUUUAUGUGCUGAUAUGAAGUGUUACGCAACGUUGACGUCAUUCUUCAUGAGAGUGCAUCCUAAACCAACAGAUUCUAAUGCAUUCUGGUUUGGUGUACUGGUGAGGUAAUUACAGGGUUGUUGAUUGGUUGGUGUGCCUCCAGGUGUGUCCUGUAUGUUCAGCCAUGCCCUGGGGGGACCCCAGCUACAAGAGCUCCAACUUCCUCCAGCACCUCCUCCACCGGCACAAGUUCUCCUACGACACGUUUGUGGUGAGGAUAAGGGUUGGGGUCUGGGCUCUGUAUCGUCUGUUCUUUAGAUAGGACUAGAGCAGUUCUGUUGUCAAUAAUGUGACUGUAAUAUCCUAGUACUGUCACUGUAAUAUCCUAGUACUGUCACUGUAAUAUCCUAGUACUGUCACUGUAAUAUCCUAGUACUGUCACUGUAAUAUCCUAGUACUGUCACUGUAAUAUCCUAGUACUAUCACUGUAAUAUCCUAGUACUGUCACUGUAAUAUCCCAGUACUGUAACAUGAAUGCACUGCAUAUCUCAAAGCAGUCUGCUUUAUUUAUUUGGUGUCUGGCAUUAUUUGCUCAGUGGUUGACUGUGUGACUUUGUGUUUGCAGGACUACAGCAUUGACGAGGAGUCAUCACUGCAGGCAGCCAUGGCCCUGUCCUGUCAAAUCAAAUGUUAAAGUGAGUGACUGUGUGACUCUGUGUUUGCAGGACUACAGUAUUGAUGAAGAGGUGGCACUACAGGCAGCCCUGGCUCUCUCCAUGGCAGAGAACUGAGUCCCCUUGGUCCUCUGAGUCCCCCACUCUGCUGUCUGGGGAUGCACUUCCAUCCUGACACCCCACUAGCUCUCUUUCUUUCUCUGGAUCCACCCCAUAUCCCGCCCCCUCCACAGCCACCUCACAGGGAGAGUUUGGAAGGACCUUGGCCCUGGCCUAGACUCCCACUCUGGGAGAGCUCCAGAGGGAUUAUCUCCUAACCCUGUCCCCGAUCCUCUACCUGGCCCUUCAUCCACUCUGCUCACCUGCUUAAACUCGUCAAGGCCCAUUACCAUUACAUCAUAUCCUCUCAGCCAGCAGCAGCCCCUUCACUUCCUGUAUACUGGGGAGAAAGGGAGCUUGGCCUCCAAUAAAUGUUGCAAUUCAAAACCACUGCAAUGCAAAACAAUGAGUACAGCAUGGAAAGUUUUGUUAUUCGGCAGAAAGUAUGAAGGUUCCCAAAAAUAAGGAUUUAAGGUAUUUUCUUUGACUCUUUAUUUUUCACUGUUCAAAUGAAAUGUUUUCAAACUCCAGGAAAAAGCCAUCACAUGACACACGUUCUGGUAAAAGUACCACAGAUUAGUUCUGUUAAAGUUUAUUCUCAAGUGAAUCAUUUGAUGGCUUUUUGAAUAAGAGGGACUACAGUUGAAUGGCUUGACCCCAUUGUCAGUGUGAUAAGCUUACAGAUGGGUGACAGUCUAGACAUGACCAGUUAAACAGAGAGGGAGGACAUUCUCACAUCCCCAUCACGACAACAACACACACUAACAUUUGCAAAUCAAAACAAACUAUCAAACUAUCCCCUUUUGUAUUCAGAGUUCUUGUGAAUACUUGCACUUGUCACAUUUUUCUACAUAAUUGAACUAUAGAUUGUUCUUAUUUCAUAGUUAAGAAACAGAAUUAUAGUACUGCAUUUAGUCUUCACUCUGCUGUUGCUCUGCUGAUAUUUUUAUGAAGCACCAGACAAGAUGAAAUCUAUUUUUGGAAAAUGUUUCAGUUUCAAAUGCUGUACUAAUAAUAAGAAACGUGUUUAUUGGGGAUGUGUUUGUUGUUUUACCACCUUUUUCAAAGUAUUCAUUGGUACUGUACUGCUGGCAUCAAACAGUUGUUAGCAGGAUCUUAGGGCCUAUGUGUAAUACACUGUCCCAAACACAAGAGGGCAGCCCAGUCUCGAAAUAGACCGGGCACAAGUCAAAAGUCAUUCAAAGCCCAGUGUUCUUCAGUCAGUGUUACUCCAAGUCAUCAUGUUUAUACCCAUGCACAGUAUUGUGAAAAAGGCCCAUGUGUUGCCUAAAUGUAUGAGCUGUUUGGUUUAGUGCCCACUAUGAGAAGUGUUAGGGAAAUUGACAUUGUAAAGUGCAAGAAGUGAAAUAUGACGUGAGUACUGUUGGAUAAGUCUAUCCUUGUGGUUGAAUUGGUUGUUGCGCUGUAAAAGUCCAGUUUUAUGUUCAUUAUUUUAUUGAACACCAAUGUUGGUCUGAUAGUAAAAUGCAAAUGUAAAAGUGUACAUUGCAACACUGUACAGAAUCAGUACAAUGUUCCUAGGCCAUUUACAGUGCCUUGCAAAAGUAAUCAUCCCCUUGGCAUUUUUCCAAUUUUG